UCGAUCAUGCCGAAGGUGUCCGUGAGAGCCACAGUGGCGGUGGUUACCUUUGUGAUUUCACUUCUUGACUUCUGCGCAUCAACUGAAAACAUCCCACGAAAAUGGGCAGCUUUCUCGGCAAAUAUCACAGGUCUGAGCAGUUCCAACGUCUCUGAUGUUGAUGUUAAAGAGGAGAUUCUGUGUAGUAUUUUAGCAACUAAAGACGAAAAGGCGAACCUCUUCUGCUUCGGACCAGAAGGCUGUGUUUUCGGACAUGUUUACUUACCGGACGUUGAAGGAGAGCAAACCCCAGGCUACAACUGCUACUAUUGCCAUGUUUGCCUUCACGACAACGAAACUCUCCACGAAGGAGAAAAGGUUCCUGACACUUUCUGCCCGAACCUCAACCUGACUUGCACCAAGCGUGGCCUGGUCAACCAAGCUGAUGGUGGGUUCCAAUGA